CAGAGGACAGAAGAUGGAGAUCCAGGAAGUGAUAGUACUCUUUGAUAGCGACGAUGAGGAAGCUUCUUGUUCAUCAUGUAAGGAAAAACACGCUGCCGCCGCCGCCGCAUUUUGGAAGAAAUCAGAGAAGAAGAAGGUUCCAGACGACGCCGCUCGCUGGUCCAGGAAGCGCCGCCUUGCCGGCUCCGCUGGCGGAUCGAAGGCCCGCCAAGACGCCGUCCCCGGUGGCGGCUUCACGAAGCGCCGCCGUGCCGUAGGUCGCAGUUCGAGCCACGACGCUGUCGCCGCAAGCGGAUCGAGGAAGCGCGAAGACACCGUCGCCGCUGGCGGGUCGAGGAAGCGUCGUCAUGCCGCCUCCGCUGCCGGAUCGACACAUCGCAAAGACGCCGACGCUAUUGGCGGGUCCUGGAAGCGUCGCCAUGCCGUCUCUGCGGGCGGAUCGAAGAAUCGCGGAGACGCCGCAGUCGGAUCGAGGAAGAGGGAGCAUUCUCUUGCCAUCGCCGCUGGAGGAUCGAGAAACUGGCAAGACGGCCUCGUCGCUGGCGGGUCGAGGAAGCGCCGUCACAGAUCGGGUAACCGGCAAGAUGGCAUCGUCGCUGGAGGGUCGAGGAUGCGCCGUCACGGAUCGGGAAACCGGCAAGACGCCGUCGCAGCUAUCGGUUUGAGGAAGCGCAUUCGCAAGGCCUGAUCUCUGAACUGUCCUCGUAUUUUGUAAAUCUUAUGUUAUCUUGAAGAAUUUCCUUUUAUUUGAUUUGAAACUUCUGUCUUUUUUACUGUCUGAAACCUAACAUUAUUCAGAUUCAGAAUUCUUAACCAAGUUAAUGCAAUACAAAAGUUGCCGUUGUUGACAGAGAAGUGCUACAGCAAUAAAUUAGAUAUACUUGAUAGUUUUUAUGAAUAAUAUUCUCACGCAUUCCUUCAA